UUUGGUUAUCGCUUUGGCAUGGUGCUUAUGUUAUGGGAAGAGGGAUUAUUCUUUGGUGCUGGUUGUAGAGGUGAUAACACUCAUAGAAUCCAAUCAUUGCUGGUCCCACUAUACCUGGAAAACCCUGGGAGGACUCAGGUACAGAAAGUCCAGAGACAGCAAGUAAAACCCUUCAUAACCCUUGACAACCAGAUUGUGAACCAGACUCUUAAACGAUCCCACCCUUCAGUGCAAAGAAAUGUGCUUGUGGUGCAGCAUGGACAUUCAUCUCCCAAGAGUGACACUGGCCUGACUGGAAAUCCACUCACCAAGUUGCUGACUCAUGGAAAAAGAGAUGACAAUGUGGAAUGGCAUAUGGAAGACGCUAUUGAGGAUAUAAUCAGUAUGGAAUCAAGUUUUAAAGAGGAAGGAACAGACUCUCCUCUGCUAAUACAAAGAACAUUAUCUGGCAGUAUUUUGGAUGUGUAUAGAAGUGAGCAGGGAAUUUCAUCAGUUAAUAUGGGCCAUACAAAUGCUUCCUGUCCAAGAAGUCUAUCAAUGAAAAGAGAAAUUACAGAAACUGAUACUCGUGCUUUGGCAAAAGAAAGACAAAAAAAGGACAACCACAACCUCAUUGAAAGAAGAAGAAGGUAUAAUAUUAAUUACCGAAUCAAGGAGCUUGGUACUCUUAUUCCAAAGUCUAAUGAUCCUGAUAUGCGUUGGAACAAAGGAACCAUUCUAAAAGCAUCAGUGGAGUACAUCAAGUGGCUACAAAAAGAACAACAGAGAGCUCGAGAAUUAGAACACAGACAGAAGAAAUUGGAGCAGGCUAACAGGAGGCUUCUACUCCGGAUUCAGGAACUAGAAAUACAAGCUCGUGCUCAUGGUCUGCCAACCCUGGCUUCACUGGACAGAGUUGAUUUAGGUGCUCACGUCACUAGACAACAGACCCAUCUUGAGCAGAAUUCCAUAGACUAUUGCCAACUGACUCUGUCUCAAGGAACAAGCCCUGAACCCUGUGAUCAAGCUAUGGCCUUCUCUGAUCCUUUGUCACACUUCACAGAUUUAUCAUUCAGUGCUGCUUUGAAAGAGGAACAAAGAUUGGAUGACAUGUUACUGGAUGACACUAUAUCUCAUUUAGGAACAGAUCCUUUGCUAUCUGCCGCUUCCUCUGCAGUUUCCAAAGAGAGCAGUAAGAGAAGCAGUUUUAGCUCAGAUGAUGGUGAUGAGUUAUAAAAAAUAAACAUAGUCAAUUCA